AUGGAAACAAGAUCUGCCAAGAGACGAAAGCUUCGAAACCCUAAUCAUUCAUCCGAAAACAACACCGGUGAAGAUCGAAUAACUGAUCUUCCUGAUGCUAUUCUUCAUCACAUCCUCUUCCUUCUUCCCAUCAAAUUGGUUGUACAAACAAGCAUCUUAUCGAAGAGAUGGAGGACUCUUUGGCACACCUUACCUGAUCUAGAUUUCACCUCCAUUGUUCCAUCAGGAACUCGUGUAAAAAAGAUUGGUAGUUUAAACAACCUUGGCAAUGGAAGCGUGAUCACCCGGAUUUUAUCGCUUCGUGACAAGCUUUCGGAUGUUAGGAGCCUUCGGUUCGAUGCUUGCAUGAGCUUUUCUGGGCUGCAAGCAUUGAUCCGGAGUGCGGUUAGGCUUGGCGUGCAAGAGCUUGACAUUCGGGUUGAAACUAGUGACAUAUUUAAUUUUCCUAGAAGCCUAAUUACCCAUGAUUGUUUGAGGGUUUUGAAGGUGAAAGCUUGCCCUUCUUUUAGGUUACCUCCAUCCAGAAUAGUGAGAUCCGGGUUUCAAACACUUCAAACAUUGUCGCUUUCGGAUGUUUAUCUAGACAAGCAAUCCUCUUUAAGAGACAUGUUCAGUGAUUGUUCGUUUCCACAGCUCAAGAAACUGCACUUAAAACACUGUGAUGAUUUGAUACACCUUAGAGUUGGUUGUCUUGUACUAGAAGAACUAGUGUUAAAGAAGUGUUCUUCGUUACAAGGUUUGGAGAUUUUUUCACCUAGAUUGGUGACAUUAAAGGUUUCAAGCUGUUUUGAUGGUUUUAGUGUUACUGAUACUUGGGUUGACAUCAAUACACCAAGAUUGCAUACUCUUGUUUGGGUGGACAAUCCAAUUACUAGCAACAACUGUCUGCAAAAUCUAGUUUGUUUGCAUGAGGCAACUAUUGGGUUUGUUUUAACUAAUCUGUAUGUUGAUGCUAAGAAGUUCCAAAGCGGAUCGCCUAGUUUUCUUUCUGGACUCUCUCAUGCUGUGUCUUUAACCCUAGAACACAAGUUUGUUCAGAUUAUAUCAAAGAACAAUUCACUUGUGGCUAUCCUUUUCAAUCCAUUCGUAAAGCUCAAUUCGCUGGAGUUGCAAACUAGCGAGGUUACGGACUUGGCAAGUGUACUCAUGGUCUGCCCUAUGAUCCACACGCUGAUUAUCAAAAUUACCUAUAGUCACAAGCGCGAAAAAAGAUGGGGCAGACUCUUAUUGGAUUUACUAAACUCUAGGACAGAACAAUACUGGGAUACCAAAGCCAAAGAUUUGGAGCCCCUUCUACAUCACCUAAAGGUUGUAAAGAUUCAAGGGUUUUCGGAAGAUCACAUUAAGCUGGUUGAAUUUUUGCUCCAGCAUGGGAAAGUCUUGCAAGAUCUCAUCCUCGGUCUUGAAAUAAACAACUCAAGCGACUGCCAUCGACAUGAAAAACUGAAAUCCCGGAUCAUGGGAUUGUCCCGAAGUUCUCUUGAUACUAAACUAGCAUUUCAUUAACAUGACAUCACCUACAAAUUCAAAUUUGAGCACUGAGUUUUUGUUAACUAGGGUGUGUUUGAUUUUAUUGUUAUCAACGUUUAACCACAAAAUGCAUUACACUUUAUUAUUCUUA